AUGGCUGUCUCUUUGCCACCCACUCUGGGACUCAGCUCCGCUCCUGAUGAAAUCCAGCAUCCGCAUCUUAAAUUUGCAGAAUGGAAAUUUAAGCUGUUCAGGGUGCGAUCCUUAGAAAAGGCACCCGAAGAAGCCCAGAAGGAAAAGAAGGAUUCCUCCGAGGGGAAACUCUCUCUCGAGCAGUCUCCUGCAGUCCCAGACAAGGCUGGUGGCGAGAAGCCGGCCUCGACGCAGCCGGCCCUGAAGCCUCACCCUAAGUUUCUGAAGAAGUCCCAUGAUGAUGUGAAGGCAAGAGACAAAGCGAUCCACCAAGCCAACCUCCGGCAUCUCUGCCGCAUCUGCGGGAAUUCUUUCAACAGCGCAGAGCACAGCAGGAGGUAUCCAGUCCACGGGCCCGUGGACGGCAAAACCCAAGUCCUUCUACGGAAGAAGGAGAAGAGAGCCACCUCCUGGCCAGACCUCAUUGCCAAGGUUUUCCGGGUCGACGUGAAGGCAGACGUUGACUCGAUCCACCCCACCGAGUUCUGCCAUAGCUGCUGGACCGUAAUGUACCGGAAGUUCAGCGCCCCGUGCGAGGUCUACUUCCCGAGGAAUGCGACCGUAGAGUGGCACCCCCACACGCCAUCCUGUGACGUCUGCCACGCCACCCGUCGGGGACUCAAGAGGAAGGGUCAUCAGCCAAACGUGCAGCUCAGCAAAAAACUCAAAAUGGUGCUUGACCGGGCGAGGCAAGCGCGUCGGCGCAAGAGGAGAGCUCAGGUGAGGAUCAGAGGGAAGGAAGCGAUGAAGCAGGUCGCCAACUGCAGUAAGAUACAUCUCGGUACCGAGCUCCUCGCGGUGGACUUCCCCGCGCACUUCGUGAAAUCUAUCUCCUGCCAGAUUUGCGAACACAUCCUGGCUGACCCUGUGGAGACCAGCUGUAAGCACGUGUUUUGCAGGAUCUGCAUUCUCAGAUGCCUCAAAGUCAUGGGCAGCUAUUGUCCCUCUUGCCGGUAUCCCUGCUUUCCCACUGACCUGGAGAGUCCGGUGAAAUCCUUCCUGAGCAUCUUGAAUUCCCUGGUGGUGAGAUGUCCGGCAAAGGAGUGCAACGAGGAGGUCACCUUGGAGAAAUAUAAUCGCCACGUCUCCGGCCACAAGGACUCCAAGGAGACUUUCGUGCAUAUUAACAAAGGAGGCCGGCCCCGCCAGCAUCUCCUGUCCCUGACCCGGAGGGCCCAGAAGCACCGUCUGAGGGAGCUCAAGCUGCAAGUCAAGGCCUUUGCUGACAAAGAGGAAGGGGGAGACGUCAAGUCCGUGUGCCUGACCCUGUUCCUGCUGGCGCUGAGGGCCAGGAACGAGCACAGGCAAGCAGACGAGCUGGAGGCGGUCAUGCAGGGACGCGGCUCCGGCCUGCAGCCGGCCGUUUGCUUGGCCAUCCGCGUCAACACCUUCCUCAGCUGCAGCCAGUACCACAAGAUGUACAGGACUGUGAAGGCCAUCACGGGGAGGCAGAUUUUUCAGCCCCUGCAUGCCCUCCGGAACGCCGAGAAGGCCCUCCUGCCGGGCUACCACCCCUUCGAGUGGCAGCCGCCUCUGAAGAACGUGUCGUCCAGCACCGACGUGGGCAUUAUCGACGGGCUGUCCGGGCUGUCCUCCUCCGUGGACGACUACCCGGUGGACACCAUUGCCAAGCGGUUCCGCUACGACUCCGCCUUGGUGUCCGCUCUGAUGGACAUGGAAGAGGACAUCCUGGAAGGCAUGCGGGCCCAAGACCUCGACGACUACCUGAACGGCCCCUUCACCGUGGUGGUGAAGGAGUCGUGUGACGGGAUGGGAGACGUGAGCGAGAAGCACGGGAGUGGGCCGGCAGUUCCGGAAAAGGCGGUUCGCUUCUCGUUCACGGUCAUGAAAAUCACCAUAGCGCACGGCUCGCAGACGGUGAAGGUGUUCGAGGAAGCCAAGCCUAACUCGGAGCUGUGCUGCAAGCCCCUGUGCCUGAUGCUGGCAGAUGAGUCCGACCACGAGACCCUGACGGCCAUCCUGAGCCCCCUCAUCGCCGAGAGGGAGGCCAUGAAGAGCAGCGAAUUAAGGCUCGAGAUGGGAGGCAUCCUCCGCACCUUCAAGUUCAUCUUCAGGGGCACCGGGUACGAUGAGAAACUUGUCCGCGAAGUGGAAGGCCUCGAGGCGUCCGGCUCGGUCUACAUCUGCACCCUCUGCGACGCCACCCGCCUGGAAGCCUCGCAGAACCUCGUCCUGCACUCCAUCACCCGGAGCCACGCCGAGAACCUGGAGCGCUACGAGGUCUGGAGGUCCAACCCCUACCACGAGUCGGUGGAGGAGCUCCGGGACCGGGUGAAAGGCGUCUCGGCCAAGCCCUUCAUCGAGACAGUGCCUUCCAUAGACGCCCUCCACUGUGACAUUGGCAAUGCGGCUGAGUUCUACAAGCUCUUCCAGCUCGAGAUAGGGGAGGUGUACAAGAACCCCAACGCCUCCAGAGAGGAGAGGAAAAGAUGGCAGGCCACACUGGACAAGCACCUCCGCAAGAAGAUGAACCUCAAACCCAUCAUGAGGAUGAACGGCAACUUUGCCAGGAAGCUCAUGACCAAAGAGACCGUUGACGCCGUCUGCGAGUUACUCCCCUCCAAGGAGAGGCACGAAGCUCUGAGGGAGCUGAUGGACCUGUACCUGAAGAUGAAGCCCGUGUGGCGGUCGUCGUGCCCUGCUAAAGAGUGCCCCGAAUCCCUCUGCCAGUACAGUUUCAACUCACAGCGCUUCGCCGAGCUCCUCUCUACCAAGUUCAAGUACAGGUACGAGGGCAAGAUCACCAAUUAUUUUCACAAAACCCUGGCGCACGUGCCUGAAAUCAUCGAGAGGGACGGCUCCAUCGGGGCCUGGGCGAGCGAGGGGAACGAGUCUGGCAACAAACUGUUCAGGCGCUUCCGGAAGAUGAACGCCCGGCAGUCCAAGUGCUACGAGAUGGAAGACGUGCUGAAGCACCACUGGCUGUACACCUCCAAAUACCUGCAGAAGUUUAUGAACGCUCACAACGCGUUAAAGAACUCGGGCUUUGCUGUAGACCCGCAGGCAAGUUUAGAGGACCCGUUAGGCCUAGAGGACUCUCUGGAAACUCAAGAUUCAAUGGAAUUUUAA